UCCCCCUCCCCAGAUUUCAAACACCGCCUGACCGUCCAGGCCUCUCCCGGGGGCGACCCCCGCAGCCACGACCCCCAGGAUGGGCCGGGGGAGUCCCCGCCCUUCCCCCGCCUUCGCGCCAUCCAGCUGGAGCCCGAGGAGGAGGAGGAGCCACCGCGGGGUCGGGGGGGUCGGGGCAGCGCCCCCAAUGGAAGGCGGCGGCUGCGGCCGGACGAGACCACCUGGUACCUGGACACGGACGAGCUCAGCCCCGGAGACCCCUCCCCAAAUGGCGAGGCCGGACCCCCSGAGGCUGAAGAGGGUCGGGGGUCUCGGGGAGGGACCCCCCGGCUGCUGCGGCGGGCGCUGCUCAAAGGCUCGGCUUUGCUGGCGUCGCUGGGGUUGGGCCGGGAGCUGACGCCCCCCGAGACCCCCCGAAGCCCCCCGCCCUCCCCGGGCCUCCUGCGCCUCUCCCCGCGCCGGUGGGAGCGGGCUCUGGGCUCUCCGGAGCUCAGCUCACCCGGGACCCCCGAAAUGGGGCGUGCUUGGACCCCCGGGACCCCUGAGCCAAACCAAGCCCGGACCCCCGGGUCUCCACAUCCCAGCGGAGCCCGGACCCCCGGGACCCCCAGGACCCCUGAGCCGAGCCGAGCCCGACCCCCUGGAUCCCCCGGGACCCCCGGGACCCCCAGGACCCCCGGAUCCCCAGACCCGAGUGGAGCCCGGACCCCCGGGACCCCCAAAAUUCCCGGGACCCCCGAGCAGGGGCGAGCCCGGACCCCCAAAUCCCUGGAGCUCAAUUGGUCCUGGACCCCCGAGCAAGGGGGAGCCAGGACCCCCGGGACCCCCGGGACCCCCGAGCUGGGCCGUGCCCGGACCCCCGCGACCCCCGGGACCCCCGGGACCCCUGAGCCACGUCGUGCCCGGACCCCCGGGACCCCCGGGACCCCCGAGCUGGGGCUGCAGCCGUCACCCCGGGGUCCCCGGAGACCCCGAGAAUUGAGCCCAGCAGGGACCCCCGAGUGGG